UUUGAGGCAGUCUCCGGCCCCCCACCUGCCGACUUGUAUCAUGCCCUCCGUUGGUAUAAUCACAUCAAGUCUUAUGAAAAGGAGAAGGCCAGCCUUCCAGGAGUGAAGAAAGCUUUGGGCAAGUAUGGCCCUGCUAAUGUGGAAGACACCACAGGAAGUGGAGCUACAGAUAGUAAAGAUGAUGCACUUGUUGCCAAGUCUUCCAUAUUACUAGAUGUGAAACCUUGGGACGAUGAGACAGAUAUGGCAAAACUAGAGGAGUGUGUCCGAAGCAUUCAGGCAGACGGCUUGGUCUGGGGCUCUUCUAAACUAGUUCCAGUGGGAUAUGGAAUUAAAAAACUUCAAAUACAGUGUGUAGUGGAAGAUGAUAAAGUUGGAACAGAUAUGCUGGAGGAGCGGAUCACUGCUUUUGAGGACUAUGUGCAGUCCAUGGACGUGGCUGCUUUUAAUAAGAUCUAAUAUCUACAUCAUAGAUCAUUGCCCUUAAAUAAAAGCUUAAAAGACA